AUGGCAGGCCGGCGUCGGCCCCCCCGGCGCGAUGUGAUCGCGGCGGCGGGGCCUCCUGCUGUUCCCAUCCAACCAGCGGCCCAGGGCGGGCAGGUGCCAGCCCUGUUCCGAGCCGUCGCGGACUGCCUAACUGCGGGCGUUGGCAUCGCGCCCUCGGCGCCCCCACUGGCGACUGUUCGGCCGCGGGAGCCUGUGUAUCGAUCCCCCCGCGGGCGCACCCAUCCAUUCCUUCGCGCGCGCGGGCAAACCUUCCGUCGCCGCCGCCCUCCUCGCCCUCCGUUGUCAGGCCAGGCUCGCCGACCGCCUCAGCACCACGCUCCCGCCUUUCAGUCGUCCCCGUUGCACCUACCUCCUCCCCCGGUGCACUCCGCCUCGUCGCAGCAGGCUCCACCGGUUGCGCAGGCUCCGGCGCAGUCUGCGCCCCCUGUUCCUCUGUCGCGGCCAUCUCUUCCUGAUCCAGAUCCUGAGGCGCCACCUCAGUCGCCACCGUCUCACCCUGUCUCUUCAUCCUCCCUGGGCGGUUCUGCUCCUCGGUUGGUCGAACAGGCGCCUCUCCCGUCUGCGGCCCCAGUGCCAGGCUCUGAGCCGCCUCCUCUCCCGCCGUCUCCUCAACCAGCCGUGCCUUCCUUGUCCGUGCCGACCCCUGCUGUGCCGUAUGCGUGUUCGUACCCCCCUCGGCUGGAUGUGACGGACUCCGCUCCUCCGGGCCCUCGCGGGCUCCCUUUCCCGGAUCCCGCCUACUGCGGCCCUCGGCGCCAGCAUCCCCUCGUGCCAGGGUCUCGUCCUCCUGGAGCUCGGUUUGGAUUUCAUCAGCCUGUGCCUGGGAUUGCCCGCGGCUACUGGAGCGACGACGAGGUGCCGGGCACCCCUCGCGACCCGGGGGUUGAUUGGGAUGGUUGCUUCUCGUGGCCUCAGAAGCAGGACGGGGGGAACUGGGGCUCGUGCGCUCCGCCCCCGAGCCCCCCUUGGGGGACGCCUUCUUAUGGACCGGGGGAUUACGAGUCUCGUUGGCGGCAUCUUCAGUCGAUUGGCCGUUGCGUGACUGAGCUCUCGUUCGUGCUUGACCUCCUGCACGACGCCCUUCUGUCUCGGGAGGUGGUGGCGCGGGAUCCGCACAUGAAUGAAGACCAGCAGAGUCGUGUGCGACGGGCAGUGGAGAGCGCGCUGUGGGAUGUCCUGCAUCUGCCACUUGAGCCCGGGGACCCUUCGUUGGACGACGGACCUGGCGCAGCGGCUUUCCGCAUGGUAGCCACGGCUGCUGAGGAGUGCCCGCUUGGCAUCGUGCCCGCACUCGCGUGUUUGCUCCGGUGGCUUGGGCGGAGGGUGAGGCGGAUGUAG